CCCAGUCCGGCUUGGCUGCUGAACUGUCCGCCAGACAUUUAUGUCUUCAUGCUACAAUCCCACCUCCCCCUCAAAGACACCAAUUCUUAAGUGAGACAAACAUAAGAUGCCUUUGCCCGUGCAAGUGUUUAACUUUCAGGGGUCUGUGGAGCCCAUGCAGAUUGAUGCAGAUCCCCAGGAGGACCAGCAGAAUGCUCCAGACACCAACUAUAUUGUGGAGAACCCCACACUGGAUCUGGAGCAGUAUGCGACCAGUUAUAGUGGAUUAAUGCGCAUUGAGAGACUGCAGUUCAUUGCUGAGCACUGCCCUCAGCUCCGAGUGGAGGCCCUGAAGAUGGCGCUCACCUUUGUUCAGAGGACCUUCAAUGUUGACACUUACGAAGAGAUUCACCGCAAACUCACAGAGGCCACACGGGAAGUGCAGGGUGUGCCAGACACAGUUCCUGAAGGAGGGGUUGUUCCUCCUCCCCUGGACUCAGCUUGGGCUGAAUCGACCAGAAAAAAGGCUCUGCUUAAACUGGAGAAACUAGAUACUGAUCUUAAGAACUACAAGGGCAACUCCAUCAAAGAGAGCAUCAGGAGAGGCCAUGAUGACCUGGGGGACCAUUAUCUGGACUGUGGUGACCUCAGUAAUGCUCUGAAGUGCUACUCUCGAGCCAGAGACUACUGCACCAGUGCUAAGCAUGUCAUUAACAUGUGUCUGAAUGUCAUCAAGGUUAGUGUUUACCUCCAGAACUGGUCGCACGUGCUGAGCUACGUCAAUAAGGCAGAGUCCACACCAGAAAUUGCAGAGCAAAGAGGAGAGCGAGAUAGUCAAAAUCAAGCUGUCCUCACCAAAUUAAAGUGUGCUGCAGGAUUGGCGGAGUUGGCCUCUCGAAAAUACAAGCCAGCUGCCAAGUGCUUCCUGCAGGCUUCCUUUGACCACUGUGACUGUCCAGAGCUCCUGUCGCCCAGUAAUGUAGCUGUGUAUGGGGGCUUGUGUGCUUUGGCCACGUUUGACAGACAGGAGCUUCAGCGCAACGUCAUCUCCAGCAGCUCCUUUAAGUUAUUUCUAGAGUUGGAACCUCAAAUUCGUGACAUUAUCUUCAAGUUCUACGAGUCUAAAUAUGCAUCCUGUCUCAAGCUACUGGAUGAAAUGAAGGAUAACCUCCUGUUGGACAUGUACCUGGCACCACAUGUCAAGACACUGUACAGCCAGAUCAGGAACAGAGCCCUGAUUCAGUAUUUCAGCCCCUACGUGUCAGCAGACAUGACCAAGAUGGCUCAGGCGUUCAACACAACAGUAACAGCUCUGGAGGACGAGCUCACCCAGCUCAUACUGGAGGGUCUCAUUAAUGCACGUAUCGACUCCCACAGCAAGAUUCUCUAUGCGAGGGACGUCGACCAAAGGAGCACCACAUUUGAGAAGUCUCUUCAUAUGGGCAAAGAGUUCCAGAGACGAGCCAAAGCCAUGAUUCUCCGAGCUGCUGUGCUGCGCAACCAGAUUCACGUCAAGUCUCCACCCAGAGAAGGCAGCCAGGGUGAACUCACACCAGCCAACAGUCAGACCAGGAUGAGCACCAACAUGUGAGGAAGAAGUGAACAGCUGUAGCGCAAAGGGGAAGGUUCACUGUUCUGCAACACACACCACCCCACCCACCGUCUGUGAGCUGAACGCAGAAACGAGAUGCAAAAUAAAGACAGAUAUUCUGAAACCAUUUCUCUUCUUCUGUCAGGUGACAGGGAGCAAACUUUUUGUUUGUCUGACAUGGAGAUUCAGACGGAAUGAAAAUGUGUUUUGAAUGAAAGCUCAGCACUUAGGCUGUAAGUUACUGGUAGGAGAUGCACUUUGCUCUGCUUACACUUUGAGACCUCAUUAAUAGAAAGUUUUAAAAAUAAAAAAACACCUAUCCAAACCCAUCCAAUCUCUGUUUAUUUGUGCCCCUUUCUGUUUUUGUCAAAGAAUUAUCCAACCAACAGCUGGAGCUAGUAUCUGUUUUCCACCAGUACUGUGCUGGUGAGGACACAGUUGUCUUUUGGGCCUUU